AUUAAUGGCCUUCAUACUAUGCCGAGAGAUCCCAUCACUUUUUCAAAAGGGGACUCCAUUCCUCCACCUCUUUGCUCGCAAGGAUCACUUUCUUUAAGCCAUUGGGCUGCAUUUUUUCAUCAAGCUUCUAUUGGUUCAAUUGUGAACUGUCAAUAUCUUUCUUAUUUUAGAGAUAAGGAAUGCAAUUUCAAGGCUUUUAAGUUGGCUGACGACGUUCUCUCUAGUGAGACCAUCCACGUUCAUCAGCUGGAUAAUGGUUUUGGGCACGGCGUUCUUAUAUUGCGUUCGCGCGGAAAUCUCAGUAGUUUCAUCGAAGAGUCCCUGCAUUACUUAUUUGCAGGCUCCCCCGCAAUUAUUGCAAAUUUAUGGUCUAUAACCGAUAAAGAAAUCACCCUUUUCGCGAAGGUCAUACUCAACUCAUGGACUCGGGACUCCGUCCUUCAUAAGUGCAACAAAUGCAUCAGUUUGACAGAAAUUUUUAUUUGCGGAAAAUCCAACUUUCCAUCCAGAAGGUAAGUU